CAAAUCAAUAUCAAUUAAUAAAUCAAUUACUCACACUCUCAACUCAAUCCUUUUCGUAAAUCACGAUUCUCUCUGCAGAUCAUAUGCACACUACUCUUCUCAAUCUCACCCCACCCUAAAACCCAUUUUUACUGUAGUAGUAGUACAAAGAUUGAAUUUUUUUACUCUUGAUUGGUUCUUUUCCAUGUUCCCCUUUCCGGGGUUCUUCUCUUUUCCCCAUGAAUUUUCAAAAUAUCUUUUUGGGCUUUGGGCUUUUUCUCUCUCAACAACAACCAUAACCAUGUGGGUUCCAUUUCCAUGCUUUUUUCUCUCCACUUAAUUUUUCAGUUUUGAUCUCCGAGCCUUUACUUUUUCAGAUGUGGUUCUGAACUUCAGACCACACUUCACACUUCAGAGGAUGUUGUUACUUCUCUGUUUCAUCAACUCACCAUAUCCAAUGUUUUCCUUCUAGGGUUCUUUUUUUCUCGUUUCACUUAACUGACUCAUGUACGAUUUUGGACUGCAAAAUGGAAUCUGGACCUAGGCUCUAUUCAUUUGAUCACUUCAAUUUUGACCCUAAAUGGUUCAUUGAUCCUAAGCAUCUUUAUGUUGGUCCCCGGAUUGGUGAAGGAGCUCAUGCUAAAGUCUAUGAGGGAAAAUAUAAAAACCAGAUUGUUGCUAUUAAAAUUGUGCAUAAAGGAGACUCUACAGAAGAAAUUGCCAAGAGAGAAGAUCGGUUUGCAAGGGAGGUAGCUAUGUUGUCUAGAGUGCAACAUAAGAACUUGGUGAAGUUUAUCGGUGCCUGCAAAGAGCCAGUAAUGGUGAUAGUCACUGAGCUGUUAUCAGGUGGAACGCUGCGCAAGUAUUUGCUUAACAUGCGUCCUAAAUGUUUGGAUACGCAUGUUGCCAUUGGUUUUUCACUCGAUAUUGCACGCGCUAUGGAGUGCCUGCAUUCUCACGGGAUCAUACACCGUGAUCUUAAACCUGAUAACUUGCUAUUGACGGAAGACCAUGGAACAGUCAAGCUAGCAGAUUUUGGUUUAGCAAGAGAAGAGUCUUUAACUGAGAUGAUGACAGCUGAAACGGGAACAUACCGUUGGAUGGCUCCAGAGUUAUACAGUACUGUCACACUGAGGCAGGGGGAGAAGAAGCAUUAUAACCAUAAAGUUGAUGCGUAUAGCUUUGCCAUUGUGUUUUGGGAGCUCUUACACAACAAAGUUCCUUUUGAAGGCAUGUCAAACCUUCAAGCGGCAUAUGCUGCUGCCUUCAAGAAUGUAAGGCCGAGUGCGGAUCAUCUCCCUGAGGAACUGGCUAUAAUUCUUACUUCAUGCUGGCAAGAGGACGCAAAUGCCCGACCCAACUUCACUCAGAUAAUCCAAAUGCUCUUAAAUUAUCUGUACACCGUUUCGCCUCCUGAGCCUGCAAUUCCUUCAAGAAUAUUUACUUCUGAGAACACAGUGUUGCCGCCUGAGUCUCCUGGUACGAGCUCCUUAAUGGCGAAGCGUGAUGACACCGGCGAUACACCGAGAGUAAAGGACGAAAUAAAGCCUAAUGGUUUCCUUUGCUGUUUUAGCCAGUGUUAUUAACUCUUGAACAAGUCUUUCAAGUUAAAAAUGGGAUUAAAAAUUGUAAUAUAGAAUCUUGUCCAAAGAGGAAUCCUUUUUUGAUAACUUGGUAAAUGUUCAGAUUAAUAAUAAAUAAUCUUACAAUUCUAGUAAAA